UACGCGUCUAUCACGAGUCAUUCAUCGGGUAUCCACGAUUUGCUCUUUGCCUGUCCUCCUCCGCCUCUCUCCACCUCCUCCGGGGCACAGACGGGUCUGGCCAUUAUUUCCACGCUUCCACGCCGAUUUUGACCGUCAGUUUGAUUACGGGUGCCAGUCGCAACGCACGCGCGAUUUUGGCGUGCAUACACACCUCCUUCACGCUUCUCUCGCACGAUCACGAGGAACGUGAACGAUCGCCGGCGUUCUACACAUCAGGAUCGUCGUCAGGAUCCGCCGUCGGAAGCUUCGCCUUCCCUUCGACUACUACCGCGACCACGUCGACUGUGGGAGUUUGCGGAGGAUUCGGGCGCAGCUGCUCUUGUGUGGGAUUUUCAGCAGCGAUUGGCAUGUACGCGACAUAGCGAUCUCUACCCUCGAAUAACGCGAUGUACAGGACUCACGGAUUAAUUAGCAUGCUGCCGCUCGUCUGGGCGUUCGUCCUCUCGAACUUGUCGAUCAACGUUUCAGCACAGACCACCUGUAACGGCGGUUUGGGUAGGGUUGUAUACGAGAGACUGCCAGAUCAACAGCUGCAAGGGUUCGACGACGAUGUGGUGAGAGACUCGGCGCCUCCGUUUAGGGUUCUGGAAAAGUGUCAAGAGCUCUGUCUGCGCGACAGAACGGCGACGAACAACCUGGUCCGAGCGUGUACGAGCUUUGACUUCCAGCCUGGUAGCAGAAUUGCGUCCUUCAGCGGCGCCGCCGAGUACGAAGAGAGUACUUGCUAUUUAACGAGGGAACAGGCCCAGCCAGAGGGCAUCGGAAAUCUCAUGCUCGUACCGAAUAGCGUGCACUUCACUGAAGUGUGCCUGGCAUCCGACAGGAUAGAGAGGGAGUGUCCGAAUCGCCGCUACGUGUUCGAGCGGCAUCCGAGGAAGAAACUGAAAUUACCCCUGACGGAUAUCAAGGAGGUCAGCGCCGCUAAUAGAACCGACUGUGAGGACAGAUGCCUGAAUGAGUUCAGCUUCGUCUGCCGAUCGGCGACGUACGACACUGCCCUAAGAAGUUGCUCCCUCAGUCGUUUCACCCGAAGGACUCAUCCCGAGCUACUGGAGGACGACCCGAAUUCCGACUACUUGGAGAAUACCUGUCUCAAUGCGGAACGACGAUGCGACGGACUCGCAGUAUUCGUCAAAGAGGAGAACAAGCGUCUACGGGGCCCGUUCGAGGUGGAUAUAUACACAAAUCUCACGUUAGACGAGUGUCAGGCAUUAUGCCUGAGAGCGGAGAAGUACUUCUGUCGCAGCGUCGAGUUCGACGAGCAGACUCGACAGUGCGUUAUAUCCGAGGAGGAUUCCGUCUCGCAGAAGGACGACAUCGGCAUUAGCAGCAGCCCCAGUCAUCACUUUUACGAUUUGGUGUGCUUAGAUAAUCCGCGUGGCUCGGAAUACCCGGACAGCAGUUCGACGUCUCACCUGUUCUCCGACGGACGUCGGCCCGACACGGCUUUCCAGCGUUAUCGGAACUCGCGGCUGAGCGGUGAGUUCCACUCGGAGAUCACCGGACGCAGUCUCAGCGAGUGCCUGGACGAGUGCCUUCGACAGACGAGCUUCCAGUGUCGCAGUGCCGUCUACUCUGAGCACUAUCAUAUCUGUCGACUGAGUCGGUUCAACCAGCGGGACGGCCACAGGAUCAUCUACGACGCCGAUUAUGACUACUAUGAGAAUCUCAUGCAUCAAUAUCUGGAGGGUGAUCGCGAUAGUCCUGGAUACAGACCAGAUCCUUUGGGACAGGACACAAACUUCGGACGACCCUCUCUAGGAAGACCGGGCUAUUCGGACGAUUACGAUAAAGGAUACCCGGGCAGCGCAAAGCCAGAUCGAUUUCCCGAUCGUGUUCCUGAUCGUUAUCCAGAUCGUUAUCCAGAUCGUUAUCCAGACCGUUACCCGGAUCGUUACCCGGAUCGUUAUCCCGACCGCUAUCCGGAUCGAUAUCCCGACCGUUAUCCAGAUCGUUAUCCUGAUCGCCAUCCUUUACCAGCCGAUCGAUAUCCAGAUAACAGGUAUCCUUUAGGCGAAUCGGACAAUUACCCGGACCGAUAUCCUCUCGGCGACCGAUAUCCCGACAGAUAUCCCGGUGGAGAUCGUUAUCCCGCUGGAGAUCGUUAUCCUACGGCGGAUCGUUAUCCUUCCUCGGAUCGUUAUCCAGCCGGUGAUCGUUACCCAAUUUCGGAUCGAUAUCCGAUAUCCGAUCGAUAUCCUAUCAGAGGUGGAGAUCGUACUCCCGCAGAUAGAUAUCCCAUUCCCGAUCCUGGAACUUUGGACAGAUAUCCUACAACCGGCAGGUAUCCUAUUGUGAUACAUGGUGUCCGAUAUCCAUUAACACCGAGUCGAUAUCCCACUGACGUCACCGAUCGAUACCCCAAUAUGAUCGACCGGUAUCCUUUCGCUGACGAUUCGCUGGACCGAUAUCCUUCGGGAUUAGGUGGUGGCAGGACUCCCACUGAUCGGUAUCCAGCUACUGAGAGAUAUCCUGAUGCGAAGGAUCCUUAUGCGAAUCGCAGGUAUCCGCCGCCAGGGCAAGGGGUAUAUUCGCACGGAUUCAUCGACGAGAUUCGCGGUCCUCAAAGCCACGGUGCCGAUCGGCCUCACUACGCAGGAGGAGGAUCUUACGGUCCAGCUCGGCCCGUCGGAGGAUACGGAGGAUACGGUGGCGACGGGGGCGGUAUCGUAGGUGGCGGAUACAUAGGCGAAGGUGGUGUCUACAAUUCGCGUCCGUUUGGAACCGCCGGAGGGCCCAUCAUAGGCAGACCUCCGUUGGUAUCUAGGUGUGAUGAACAAGACAAUUUCAGGCAAGUCGGACCUCACACCAGAGUGAGGAAGCCAUUCGUCAGACGAUACACCACCGCCUCAUCGUUGGCCCAGUGCGAGAGGGAAUGUGCGGACGCUAGAGACUUUGUUUGCAGGUCCUUCAAUUACCGGCCGUACGCCGCACCUUACGGAGCCGAGAGGGACAACUGCGAGCUCAGCGACCGGGACUCCAGGGACAUGGACAUGGGCAACCCGGUUUAUUACGACACGGGCUCCGAUUACGACUUCUACGAGAGGAACAACGGUCGUCAAGGCGCGGACGGGGAAUGUCUGGACGUGAGUCAAGUCUGUAGCGAGGACGGAAUGGAAUUCACCCUGAGGACACCGGAGGGAUUCAUUGGGCGAAUUUACACGUACGGAUACUACGAUCGAUGUUUCUUCCGCGGGAAUGGCGGGACCGUGAACGUACUUCGCAUCAGCGGACCUCAGGGAUAUCCGGAGUGCGGCACACAGCGAUAUGGCGAUACGAUGACGAACAUCGUGGUGGUGCAAUUUUCGGACUACGUGCAAACCGGGCGGGACAAGCGAUUCAACCUGACGUGCCUAUUUCGAGGCCCUGGAGAAGCUGUCGUCACAUCCGGCUACAUCGGUGCCGGAUCAGGGUCUCCUAUCCCCAUCGAAUACCUCCCAGCGGAAAACACCCUGAGUUCCAGAGUACGUUUGCUGAUCCUCUAUCAGGGAAGACCCACGACCACUAUCGCGGUCGGUGAUCCCCUCACUUUCCGACUCGAGGCUCAAGAUGGAUACAAUUACGUGACGGAUAUAUUUGCCACCAACGUCAUCGCGAGAGACCCUUACUCCGGCAGAAGCGUGCAACUCAUCGACAGAUACGGCUGUCCAGUAGACAACUACGUGUUCCCAGGACUGGAUCGUCUCCGUGACGGCGACAGUCUCGAGGCCCGCUUCAACGCCUUCAAAAUACCCGAAUCAAAUUUCCUGGUGUUCGAGGCGAACGUGCGGACAUGCCGCGACGGCUGCCAGCCGGCAUAUUGCUCCGGAGGUACCGGCAGAAGCGAACCCUCCUUCGGCAGGCGGCGGAGAGACAUAAAUAACGACACGGUAGCGGAUGAGGACGAAAUGUCGCCGAUAACCGUGAUGGACGGUGACGUUAACAACGCGACGAUUUUGAACGCGACCGGCGCCGCGGACGAUGAGCCGGAGGACGAAGAGGAGGAAGAGCACGUCAGAGAAAUGAUAGAGGUUCUUGAUUCGCGAAUGGACAUCGAGGAAGAGAGUGCGGUUGAAAAACAAACUAGGAUCCUGGAAAAUAUUUGCGUUACUCAGAAUGAAUACUACGGGUUAGUCACAGCGGUCGGAAUUCUCGUCGUGCUCUUGGCCUCCGUCGUUUUCUUGUCUAUGCUCGUUUACAGGAAAUACGUUUACGCCGUAAUUAUGAAAAAUCGUAGACUCGAUAAAACUUGUAACCGUAGUAGCCGCUCCGACGAGCCCUACAGCAGUCGAGUUAAUAAUUUCUCGUUUAUGAGAGCCGGUCUUCAGAAACCAUUUCAAGCCUCAUCGAUCUCGAGAUCAAUGAGCAACGUGAUCAGCCAACGUCUAGCCUCGUCGUCCACCGCUUUAGAAGGUGCAGUGGGAUUAUCAGUAAGUCGACGCGGUGACUUCGAUCCGAGCGAGCCCAUUUAUACCGACCCUUCGCUCUUCGAGGUAACCCGCUGCACAAACGCUGCGAAGUCGGCCCUCAACGACAACUUUCAUCUUAUGUAAGACGAAGACGCGAGAUGAUCGAUCUUCAAAUUUGCAUACUAGCGAGCGAUGUGUAUUCUAUUUAUUUACUUUAACCGACGCGCAUACGAAAUUGACUAACAAAUUCACGAUGAACCGGCAUCUACUGCAAUUCAUUUUACCACUACUAGUCAAUAAUCCCCUGCCAGUACUACCACUAAUCACGAU